AUAUUCGUUGUGCAAGAAGCAGUUAUAGUGUACGUGUUUGGCACAUAGUAAUGUGUUACAUUUAUUAAAGAGUUUUUAUCGUAUUUUAUCAGUAGAUGUUUAGUCAAUGUUGGAGACCUUGUUUCUGUGAGAAAAAUUUUAAUUUGUGACAGAAAAAGAGAACUAAAUUGUCGCGUGUACAAUGGAAAGUGGCAUGGAUUCCUUUGCAGAUUCUGAUAACAUAAAUACUUCUACACCUUGGAAACUUCGUUUUAUCAAGUCACCCGUUGUGUCGUCACCUAUUUGUAAACAAGUUGACACCGGAUUUCAAUUAUUCGUGUCAGGUUUACAAGAAAAAGUUUCGUCCGCAGAAAGCAGCCUGACGGAAGAUUCAGAAGAAAAGAUUCAGACAGUUUCGAUUAAAGAACAGGAAGGACUUCCCUGCGAAGAUAUUGGUGAUGAAAAAACAAUAGCAUCCUGUAGUACAGAAAAGGGAAGUACAUCAACUACUGUCAGCUCGGUCAUCUGCUCGCAGACUACAGACACACUUCCAUCUGCGAAGUUAUGGAAACCGUUUGAUAUAUCGUACGAUAGCUUUAUUGUACUUGAUGAAACUAUUAUGAGCGAUGAAUCGAAUGAGGAAGAUUCAUUUAAAAAAUGUGAUGAAAAUUUUGCAAAGAACAUUUCUGGCAUUUUACCCCUCGAUGCUGCAAAACUCGUGUACUCUCCCAAAUUUGAUGCCACGAAGUCAGGUAUUCUUACAAACUUAAUAUUAGACGAUGGGAAGAAUGUAAGAAAUGAAGUUAAACCGAAGCCUAUGAUACCAGAAGAAAACGUUCUCCAGGACAGCCAAAAUGUGGCUUUAGUUACACUAGGCCUUAACCGCAAUGAAAAUAAUACAAGAGAAGGGGAAAAGAAUGUUAAUGUGCAAAACAACCCAUUACAUUCUGCGGAGGCUGUCAAACCAGAUUUUGUAUCCAGUACUGUGGUGAUAGACAAAUUUGAGCCAAAUGCCGCUUCAGAACAGAUACUAGGGAGCACUGGAAAAAACGAACAAGUUAUUUCUGCUGAUCAAAGGGGCGACAAAUUAGGACAAAUUAAGUCUGAUAUUGAGGAAACUGGAAAAAUUGAAAAAAUGGAGUCUAAGAGUGGGGAGACUGAACAUAGAAAGUCUGACAGUGGGGAGACUGGAAAGCUUGAACAAGUGAAGCGUGAUAAUUUGGGGGUUGGACAGAUUGAACAAGUGAAGUCUGAAGGUGGGCAGACUGAAAAAUUGAAGUCGGAUGUGAGAGAUACAGAAAAAACUGAACAAUUGAAGCCUGCCAGUGGGAUUGCCAUAAAGAUUGAACAAGUAAAGUCUGAAAGUUUAGAGACUGAACAAGUGAAACAUGACAAUUUGGAGACUGUACAAGUGAAAUCUGAUAAUAAAAUGUUUAUAAAGAUUGAACAACUGGAGUCUGACAAUUUGGAUACUGAACAAGUGAAACUUGACAAUUUGGAGACUGAACAAUGUAAGUCUGACAAUGAGGUGUCUAUAAAGAGUGAGCAAGUGAAGUUUGAUGAUGAAACUGCAACUGAGCAAGUGAAGCCUGACAAUUGGGUAACUGGAAAGAUUGAACAAGUGAAACCUGACAAUGGGGUAACUGGAAGGAUUGAACAAGUGAAGCCUGACAAUGGGGUAACUGGAAAGAUUGAACAAAUGAAGGCUGACAGUUUGGAGAUUGUCAAGAUUGAACAAAUGAAGUCUGGCAACCUGGAGACUGUAAAGAUUGAACAAGUGAAGUCUGACAAUUUGGAGACCGGAAAGACUGAACAUGUGAAGCCUGACAGUGGGGAGUUUGUGAGCAGUGAUCCAGAGGAGAAUGCGGACAAUAAUAAUCCUGAAUGGGAACUUUUGAAAAAGCUAGAGACUGAUGAAGAACGUUACAAGGCUGUGAGAUUGCGAUGGAGGAAUCUUGUUAUUCCAAAUCCCAAUAAGAACCUGACUUACCGUAGUCGAGGGUACUGGAUUACAGAUAAAAAUCAAAAACAAAUAUCUGAAGUCAAACCUAAUCCUGUGGUUACUGGUAAAUCAAGAAAACGUACACAUUCUGCAGAUCCCACUGAGCACCACGUCCCAGUGAAACGGCAGAGGACAUUCUCUUGUACAGAAGUAUUCGAUAGAAAGAUGCUUGAUGUUCAGAAAAACCUGAGCAGAGAACGGAAUGCCAUUCUUCAGCAACAUGAGCGAGCUGUACAAAACCUUGUGAACAAAACAAACCAUCAACUUCGAUGUUACUCACCAGGAAGUUUUAAUGAUGAGCGUAUUCGAGCACUUCAUGUCCAGAAUGUAGUGGAAUUGCGCUAUAAGUGUGAUAACCGGCUGGCGGCAGUUGAAUCCGAAAGCAUGAAUCAGUUGCGAGCUCUCGAAAAGGCGAUGGAAGAAGUGCGUGUCUUCAAUUCUUUCUACCAAGGACUGGAGGAGGGUUGUGAUGAUGCAUUGUUGCUGACUGAUGAACAGCUUCUGGAAGUUCUUGAGGAGGAUCACCUUUACGAAUGUUUCAAUGAAUUCUAUAACGGUUAGUUUUUAUUUUUUUUGUAGAAUUGUUUUUUAUGUUUGUCUAAUGGUCCUAGAAAAUUAUUUAUGUUGAGAGACUGAGAGUAUUUAUACAAUUUGUCAAAAUUAUUGCAGUAAUAAGACUGAUCACUUUUUAAAUCUGAAACAGACAUAUAUUUUGUGAACUUGUGGUGUUAUAACAUUCUAAAUGUCAUUGUUACCUAAACAGAAGUGACCGUUCUUUCUCAUUUAAAUUCUGUUCAUUGUUUAGCUCAGGAAUAUUCAAUUUUUGCAACUAAGAAUGCUUGAGACAGGUAGGAAAAUCUCAAGUAAGUUGAUACAGUAGUUUCCUCUUAGCCAAGGAAGCGGAUACAAACACUAGGAUUUUUCUCAGGGAUUUUCAUGUGUGUUAUUUACAUUUACAGUUCCUAUUCUUAUAAAUUUAGGUAGAUCUUAAAAAUGUUGGGCAGAACUUUGUAAAACUGCUGUAGAUGUUUACUCUUUUUGUAAAUAC